AUGCUUUUGCAAAUUUUAUUAUUUCUCUUCCAAACGGUUGAUGGAAAACCAAAAGAGAAAAAAGAAAUUGACGCUCAUGGAUCGAAAUUCUUUGAUAUUUUAACCGCUCCGUGUCCAUGGACGAAUUAUGAAGACAAUCCGCCGCAUGGAAAGUGUCCGAGUCCCUGCAAUUGUUAUAUUGAGAGAAAUUUGAAACAUGAAGUUUUUCUGAAGACAAUGAACUGCUCUGGAAGCGACCUAAACGAGCUGCCAAAAAUGACCCCGAACAACGUCAACAAAAUCAUCCUCUCGAACAACAAAAUCUCCGGCGUCGUCAAUCGCAUGUUCAACAGUCUCUCAGAACUCGUCGUUCUCGAUCUUUCCCACAACGUUAUAACUUCUAUCGACGCUCAUGGACUCUAUCAGCUUACCCAAUUGAAGGAAUUGGACUUGACGAGAUGUGGAAACCCACUUUCUUGUGAUUGCCACCUCGCCUGGGUCCGUCGCGUUCCAAAUCUCAUUGGAGAUCCUAAAUGUCAAUAUCCAAAAACAAUCGUCGGUCAGUCCCUUUCAAACAUUACCGAGAAAGAACUCGCUGCUACUUGCCCAAGCGCUUGGUGGGACAAAUGCCCUGGCGACUGCAUUUGCUACAGAUGGCAAGAUGAUAACUUCCUCCCGCUGAAACUUGUCGACUGCAAGGGAAAGAAAAUUGUUGAUUUCGUUCCAUAUGGAAUCCCUGAAGAAGUCACUGGAUUGGAUUUGUCAAUGAAUGGAAUUCAGCAUUUCAAGGACAACGCGUUCGUUCAUCUUAAAAGCCUGCGAUACCUCAAUCUCAAUGACAAUGAUCUUCAAGAAAUUCCGGUUUCGACGGUCGACAACUUGGCGAAAUUGAAAGUCCUCUUGAUGAACCGAAACUCGAUAAAGAGAAUUGAAACCGACUCGUUCAGAAAUCUUGCGCUUCAAAAAAUAGAGCUCUGCCACAAUGAUAUUUCAACGAUUGAGCGGGCCUCGUUCAUUUCGUUGAAUCAGCUUCAGAUCAUCAAACUCUGCAACAACAAGAUCGAUUUCUUCCCUACAAAUUCCAUCCAGGCAACACCGGUUCUUGGCUCACUAGAUUUAUCAAACAACAAGUUGACCAACAUCACCUCUGACUUGUUCGAUCGAGCAAAUAUGAUCACUUCAUUGAACCUUGCUGGGAAUCAAAUCGACUGCUGCGAGAUGCUCUGGGCUUUUUCCCGAAUGGAGAACAAACGUCAAACUGAAUGCGGAGCACCGUUCACAAACGUCGGAAAGAAUGUGGAUCAAAUCACAGAAGACACAGCUUGUGUUCCAACCACAACUACCACGACAACAACUACAACCACGACGACGACGACAACUACGACAACAACCAAGAAGAAAAAGACUACUACUACUUCAGAAGCUCCAGAUCUGACGACAGUUUAUGAAAAUUUCAACACGACAGCUGAUCCUGACAGCGGAUACAAACUGAAAGUUUCCGCCAUGCUUGUUUCUUUUGCGUUGCUAAUGAAUUUGUAA